UGUGAAUGAUCACAGAGGUCACAUGGCACAAGGCUAUGCACAACAGCCUUGUACCAUGUGACACAAGCUGUGACCAAUCACACUCUCACAGUAUUUCUCAAUGGCUGCAAAAGUUGGACCUCUGCUGUGAGGUUCCUGAUUCAUGUGAUCACUGAUAGGCCAAUCAGUGAGAUCACAUGAAUAGUAGUAAACAAGAGGUCACUUCCUGACAUCAUUGACUACUUGUGAAUCUGUGAAUGAUCACAGAGGUCACAUGCUACACAAGGCU